GUGCCUUUUAUUUAUUCUGUAAAAAUGUUAAGUUCCUUCUAUGAAGACGAUGAAAAAAACGAUAUUGACAAGAAGAUAUCUGAUAUCAUAGCAUCUCAUAUGAGGAGUUCCCGUGACCAAAGGUUACUGGAGGAUCAAGACUGCGAAGAUCUUCUCAUCAAGGAAAAUCCUUACUUCAGUCAGAAAUACGAAGACGCUUACCGAAAAUCGAUCCUAAAACCAGAGGAGUUUUGGGGGGAUGUAGGGAAUCUAGUCACAUGGACGAAACCAUGGAAAAAAGUGCUCGAUCAUUCAAACCCUCCAUUUACCAAAUGGUAUGUCGGGGGUGAGUUGAACGCUUGUUACAACGCGGUGGAUAGACAUGUGGAGGCUGGCAAUGGCAAUAAGAUCGCCAUCAUCCACGACAGUCCGUUCACUGCGACUGUCCAAAAAGUUAGUUACGGUAAAUUAUUAGAUAAAGUGUCACAUUUGGCUGGCGCCCUGGCCAAAUUGGGAGUGAGAAAAGGUGACAGGGUUCUAAUUUACAUGCCCUUGAUUCCUGAAACCAUCAUGGCGAUGCUGGCCACUGUUAGAUUGGGGGCUGUCCACUCCGUUGUGUUUGGUGGUUUUGCUGCGAGGGAGCUGUGCCAUAGGAUAAACCACGCCGAGCCAAAAGUUAUAAUCGCAGCUAGCUGUGGAGUGGAACCCAACAAAAUCAUCAGAUACAAAGACAUAUUGAAUGAAGCCAUCGAGUACUCUUGUCAUAAGCCUUCGAAGUGUAUAAUAUUCCAAAGAAGAAACAUCGAAUCGUGCGCUUUAGAUGUAGAAAUGGAUAUUUUGUGGGAGGACGCCUUAAAAAUGGCCGGACCACACGAGUGCGUUUCAGUGGAAGCAAACGAUCCUUUGUAUAUUUUGUACACGUCUGGCACCACAGACCAACCCAAGGGUAUCCAAAGACCAGUCGGUGGUCACAUUGCGACCCUCACGUGGACCAUGAGUAAUAUCUACGGAAUGAAACCGGACGACGUGUGGUGGGUGGCCAGUGAUUUAGGUUGGGUCGUAGGCCAUUCAUACAUUUGUUACGGACCUUUGCUCUACGGCAUAACGACAGUGAUGUACGAAGGGAAGCCCGACAGAACCCCCAAUCCUGGAAGUUACUUCAGAAUAAUAAACGAGCACAAGGUCAACGCCAUGUUCUCGGUACCAACAGCGUUCCGUGUGAUCAAACGCGAGGACCCGGAAGUCGAAUUUGGACGCAAAUAUGCCAUAAAUAGUCUCAGGACUAUAUUCGUGGCAGGUGAACACUGCGACUACGAGACCAAGUCGUGGAUGGAGAAGAUAUUUAAAGUGCCAGUUUUGAACCAUUGGUGGCAAACUGAGACCGGCCACGCCAUCACGGCCUCCUGUUUAGGCUUGAGGAAUAGCUUGAGCCCUCCGAAGUAUUCUUCGGGGAUGCCCGUUCCCGGGUACAACAUUCAAGUGUUAAGGGAUGACGGAACUGAGACUAAACCUCACGAAUUAGGCAGAAUAGCUAUAAAACUGCCGCUGCCGCCUGGUACCGUUAGCACCUUGUAUGAGGCACCGGAGCGUUUCUGCCAGACCUACUUCAACAAGUAUCCGGGGUAUUAUGAUACAAUGGAUGCGGGUUAUGUGGAUGAGUACGGAUACAUUUAUGUAACUGCCAGAGAUGAUGAUGUUAUAAAUGUGGCCGGCCAUAGAAUAUCAACAGCAGCCUUAGAAAAUGUUGUUCUCGCCCAUCCUGAUAUAGCGGAUGCUACGGUUGUUGGUGUUCCGGAAGCCACCAAAGGGGAAGUCCCUCUUUGUUUGUUUGUCAUUAAAAAGAACGCUAGGAAAAAUGAAUCAACUAUAGCGAGGGAUUUGAUGAGAAUGAUAAGGGAAUUGGUGGGUCCCAUAGCAGCCUUCAAGAUGGCUGUGUCGGUACCAGCUUUACCUCGCACGAGGUCCGGAAAAACUUGUAGGAAAUCUAUUUCAGACUUAGCCAGGGAUAAACAGAUCAAGAUAUCUCCAACGGUAGAAGAUCCAACAGUUUACAAAGAUAUCAAAGCCACCCUUCAAAAACUGGGUUUCGCACGCACAGUGCAAGAUUUCCAGUAAAACGAAGUUAAAAAUAUAAAGAAUGACGAAUAGCAAUAAAUGUACGGUUUACAAUAUUAUAUUUUAUUUUAUUAAAUAGCUAAUUUUAGAGUAUUCUGUAACUUAUUAUAUUAUGUGCUUUAUACUAAUUGUUGGUUAGUUAGCAGACACUGUAACAGUACUGUGUUUACUCUUAAACAAUUAUUUUUUAUUAAAUAAAUACAUUACAGUACCUUAUAGUAUAUUAAUUAAUAUAUCCCUAAAAUCCUAGUUUAAAAAUAAAAAUCCUCUAGAAGUGUUGUGCAUAAUAGGAUAACAACUUAGAAAUGGGUAAAACAGUAAAACAUCGUUUAACUAUUACAUAUAAUAUAAUAUUUGUAACAGUUACCAAUAACAGAUGUUCAUUGGAACAUUCCUUUAUCUAAAAACGCGAGUUUCGUAGUUUCAUGUUUUAAACACCUAAAUUUAUUUAAAAAAUAACAAUUUAUAAUAUAUACUAUCUACUAAUAUAUUGGAACUUCGCGCCAUUUAAUAAUAUUUAUAUAUUUAUACCGCGGUGCACAGUAAGCUUCAAAACUAGCCGAUAUAAUAAUAUUUAUAAUGGCUUUAAAUAUUUGCCAUGAAACUACAACAGGAAUAAUAGUUUUUUGGUCCAUCUCCAAUCGUAACUGGCUAAGUCCCAAGAAAAAUCUGUCAUUUUAUUUAUAAACAGUUUCCGACACUAUUAAAACCCAUCUCUUAAAAUCUUAAAAAACAUACAGAUAGACAGAGAGAUAAGAGAGAGGUGAGAGGAUGUUAAAUAAAAUUCCAAGUAUAAUUAUAUAUGCGUGAUUAUAUUUUAAAAUUCAUCUUUAAUAUGAAAAUAUCAAUAGCAUUUUGUAAGUUCUUUAAAUUAUAUUACAACACUUAUACGAAACUCGAAACAGAUAAAAAAGGCCUUUCACAACAAUUAAAACAAUUUGCAGGCGAUGAUUCCUGAAAUGGAACUAGUAAACACUUUUUAACAGCAUAUGUUAUUCACCUCUCUUUAAUUUUAAAGCUCAGAAUACCUUUAUAAUAUAAAUGAAAGCAUAGAUAAAUUAUAGGGUAGUCCACACGUUGGACGCUUUUCCUUCUGAUUUACUCAAUCAAUCAAUCAGUUAACUUUAUUAAAACACACGCAAUGGUGGACAAAUACUAAUACGUAUACUAAUACGUAUUUGUGCACAAUUGGUUUUCACUUUUGAAUUUGAUUCACGAACGAUUUAGAAGAAUGUUUCCGAUAUUUCCGGAAAGUGUCCAACUUGUGUGGGUCACGACCUUACUCCUAUCCACCUUUAGUAGAUCUGAAAAUCUUAGCAAGGCAAUUAUUGUAAUGAGGUUGAUUCACGUUACGAUUUGUAUUCUGUGACGGUGGUGGUGGUGGUGGUGGUGGCGGUGGUGUUGAUGGUGGUUUUUUUUUUUAAUUAUUAAUAUGAUGAAUUUUGCGAGCAAUGAGCGAUAUAAUAUAAAAUAACACUAUACAUAAUAACAAAUUAACGAUUUUUAAAUUUAUUUUAUUAUUAUUAAUAUAAUUACAUUAACAACUAAAACUGAUUUGCCAAACAUUAAUUUGGCAUUAAAAAAUUAUCUAUACCGACAGUUUCAAGUAAUCUUAUCCGAAAAUGGAUUAAACAUGUUAAAUACAGGGAGAAAACAUGAUCUUUACGGAAAACUAGCAGAACCUCCCUACAUCAACAGAUAGAGAGGCUCCAUCAAAAGUGUAAGACCAUUUCACAAAUUUUAAUCUAAAAGGUCGGCCUACAUUCAACAUGCCUUCAUCAUCCCCUACUUUUGAAUAAUAAUGCUAAUUACAAGAAUAAAAACAGUGAUCAAUGUACAAGUCAAAAGUAGGUAGUGAACAAUUUCAAAAUCGAUUUGCGAAUAAAGUCGAAAAAAUUUGUCGAAACACCCGGUACUUAAUAAAUAAUAAAACCGUACGAGGGGCGCCAGUUUUUAAGAUGGCACUCACGACAUUCUUCCGGACCACGGAGAAAUUAUGUUUGCGCGAUCGAGUGAUCAGGAAUUAAUUGACAAAUGACUUUCCGCUUCUAGAAACUUGCCAAUCCAGUGUAAAAAAAUUCUUAUCAAAAUAAUUGUUUGUACUUUAUUCACAGUUUCUCUUUGUGGGCAAGAAAACGAUUUUUUUUUUUUUUCGGCGGACUCUCUUCUAUUAGGCACGUGAUUGUAAAAGCCAAUCA